GCCGGAGAUGAACCCAGCCAAAAACCCACGCCCCCACUCGAGAAAUUGGUAAGAGAACUUGAUGAUUUUGUUCUCUUCUUGUUCAAGAACAAGUUUAGGACUUAGAAAUCUUCUCCCUUGUAGAAAAUUUUCCAAAUCUACUGUCUUAUUCCUUCUCUGCCGCCGGCUGCUCCUGCUUUGUGGGGGCGAAUUGCUCUGAUUUUUCGGUUCUCCAAUUUUGGGAAUAGAUCCCGAAUUUCUCCUUGAAUUACCGUCAGCCUUCCCACCGCCAGCCCCAAUUUCUUUGCUUGCUAAAUUUUCUGGUAUGUGGCCACUCCUUUAUGUCCAAAUUUCAUCUAAUUAGUGGUUGCCUUGCUGAAUUUGGUCCUUGUGUGGCUACCCUGUAUUGCCCGAAUGCUGCCAAGAAAAAAAAAUGGAAAAUUUCGGCAGCUUUAAGUUGUGUUUUUGGUUAAUUCAUGUGGAAUUUGCUUGUUUGGUUGCUGUGGUGUUAAUUGUGGGAAAAUCCUAUGAAAUUCCCGUGAAUUAGCUAUUUUUGGUCUAAGCCGGUUCCUCCAUUUUGUCUAUGGGAUUUGGAAAGUAAAUAUAAAUGCACCACAUGAUUUUUAGAGCUCAAAUUUCGGAUAGGAAGUAAAAAUAAAAUAAAGUACAUAAAUAAAUAAAAUAAAUAUUGCAUUAUGGGGGUUAAUUGCCGGCAAUAUUGAAAAGGAUUAAAUAGGUAGUUUUCAUAUGGUUAUUAAUUCUGGAAUAUUUUGGCUAGGUUCCUGAUUAUUCUAUCACCCUAGCUCCUGGAGUGAGUUUUCUGCUUAUUGCGACUGAGGUAAGUAAAUUUAUGGUAAUGCCCGUACAGUUUUUAAAAGCAUGUUUUGACUUGUUUUUGAAAUGGUGGUGGGACUUAACUCGUUUAUUACAAAAAUAAGUAUGAUUGAUUUGAACUGAAAAUUUUAUAAUUUUUAUGGAUUUGAGCAUGAUUUUCUGUUAACUUCUGCCUGUUUUGUCUCCGAUGUGGUUAUGUUAUUGAUGACCUUGCUAGUGGGGGUUAAACACCAACAAUAGUGUAGCCUGCCAGUGGGAGGUUUAAACACUGGCCAUGACCUGUAGAGGAGACGUCUAUUUCGUUCCCGUACUAUAUCCGUUUUUCAUGAUUGCACUUGUUGGCAUGCUAUAAAUUUAAUAAGGGCACUCCAUAUUUUACUUACUGAGUUUAUCUCAUAAUCUUUCCUUGUCCACAUUUCAGGUAGUGAGACCUGACGCAUGGGGAGCCCGGGGGAGUGACUAGCUAGACGGCUAGGCAUCAUUUUGGACUUAGGUUUUUGUAGUUAGGCCGUUAGUCACCCAUGCUUGACAUAGAAAUUUUUGUGUACAGAACUUAGUUUUAGUCAUGAUUGUAUAUAUGAAGUUAAUAAUUUUGUACAUCUGACUAGUAAAUAUUUGGUAAAUAA